GUGGACAAGGUUUAAAGACCAUUGAAAUGAUUACAUGCAGGUGCAUCCUGAUGCGCGGCAGUUUAUGACCCGACCUGUGCCAUAUUUUAAGGAUUUGUGUGUGAUAUAUGACCCCACUUUUGAUGAAAAGGAAUCUCCGCGUCAAGAUUUGGAUCCGCAAAAUUCAGUUGCAGAUGUGAGUAUGGAGCCAUCUGAAAUUGGUCUAUCUCCAGCAGCAUCUAAUUAUAUUGAAUACCAUGAUGGUAAUGUGAGUGACUUAACACAUACUAGUGAGAAACAUAAGCGCCAAUUAGAGAUCGAUUCCACUUGCCCCAAAAGAUUAAGGGACGUUGAAGUAGGCAUGGCUAGCACUCUCCAGGAGAUGGCAACUACUGUUUCUUCUCUGUCAACAAAAAAGAGUGAUGAUAACUCAGUACCGAUAGAGAUUGUGAUAGAAGCAGUACAAGCAUUGCCUGAUAUGGAUGAAGAUCUGGUUUUGGAUGCCUGCGAUUUUCUGGAGGAUGAAAAAAAAGCAAGAACUUUUCUAGCGCUGGAUGUUAAGCUGCGAAAGAAUUGGUUGCUUCGGAAACUUCGGACGUAAGCUUAGCUCGUGGCCCCAUACCUUUCAUCUCUUCUUUCAAGCACUUGACAGUUAGCAUUGUUCUGUUAUCCAUGCCCUUUCUUAACAGGCUUAGCUUAUACCUUGAGUGAUACCCAUAUUUGUGGGGUAAAAUUGGAGCUAAGAUUAGCUCGUAUGUUCAUAGAAGGGUUCAGAAAGUCCUUGCAUUAUUAACCUAGUAUUUGUCAGGGUUUAUGUGUUUCUGAAAUAAUGUCGUAAUCAUUAUUAUUACUAUUAUUAU